AUGGCAAGAGACGAUUUAUACAUUGUGGUUCCAAGUUCUUUUCGGUGUCCGAUAUUGUUGGAUGUGAUGAAAUCCCCAGUGAGCUUAUGCACGGGGGUGACAUACGACAGAGCUAACAUCCAACGUUGGCUAGACAGUGGCAACAACACAUGUCCCGCCACAAUGCAAGUCCUCGAAAGCAAAGACCUUAUUCUCAACCGGAAUUUACAACGACUCAUCCAAAUCUGGCUCGACUCAGUCGCUUGCCGUCAACUCGACGCCGAGUCGGUCCGCAAUUCAGUUGUUGUUCCUUCUCAAAAUCAGGUCAAACUCUUGGUCAAACACCUUGACAUCAAUUGCUUCUUAUCUUUGACGAAGAUCAUUUGUUUCGCGCGAGAGUCAGAGGAAAACCGGGAAUUCCUUGCCAAGAUGGACAGGUUUUUCAGUAAGCCAUUGUUGGAAACAAAUUACUUGUCGAUAAUUCUUCUGGUUUUACAAAGAGGGAAUUCAGAUUCACAAAUCGAAACGGUUCGAUUACUGGAGUCUAUAGCGGUGAAUGGAGAGUCGAAGCUCAAAAUAGGUCAAAAAGAGGGAUUAGUAGCGGAAUUGGUAAAAUCAUUAAGAAAAGACAACCCAAGAUUGAUUGAAGCCAGCUUAUCAUUUUUUAUCGCAAUCACAAUGCCAAAACAUUUAAAAACCAUAGUAAUCCAAUAUCGAAUAAUCCCAGAAUUAAAGUACCUUUUGUCCCAACCAAACACUACUACUUCGAUAACAGAGAAGGCAUUGACACUGCUGGAAGAGUUGUCCAUUCGCAAAAAAGGGAGAGUGGAGAUUUGGCAUGAUUCGGUAUUGUUAGGAAGGAUUGCUGAGACAGUGUUGACAGUAUCAAGCACGCGGUGGCGAUACUUUGGAGUGGUUGUUAUUUGUUUAGAGAUCGGAAAGCGCAAGAAGCAGUGGCUAGUAGCAAUGGGAUGA